AUUUGGCGUCAACAUCCCGUGAGUGAAAGCCGCCAUCUUGUCUCGCCGAGGAGGAGAACAGCAGCAGCAGAUAUGGCUGACUACAGCAGCGUGGCUCCCCCGUCCUCUAACGCCGGUGGUGGAAUGAACGACGCUUUUAAAGACGCUCUGCAGCGAGCAAGACAGAUUGCAGCCAAGAUUGGUGGUGACGGAGUAGCGGCACCCCCAUCGAACGAAUUCGGCUACGGAGGCCAGAAAAGGCCCCUGGAGGACGCUGGUGGGUAUUUUCCCAUGCCUAACCUGAAUAUCGACCAACCAGAGACAAAGAAAGUGGCCACCAAUGACGCCUUCUCAGCAAUGGGAGGUAUGGGAGGCCCACCAAGGUCAAUAUCUGAGGAAUUCAAAGUUCCCGAUGGGAUGGUUGGAUUCAUCAUCGGAAGAGGAGGGGAACAAAUCUCACGUCUGCAGCAGGAGUCUGGAUGUAAAAUACAGAUUGCACCUGAUAGCGGGGGCAUGCCAGAUAGGUCAGUGACAUUAACAGGAGGACCAGACUCUAUCCAGAGUGCAAAGAGACUACUAACAGAGAUAGUAGAGAAGGGGCGUCCUGCUCCAGCAUUCAAUCACAACGACGGCCCAGGAAUGACUGUCCAGGAGAUUAUGGUCCCUGCCUCUAAAGCUGGGCUCGUCAUUGGGAAAGGGGGAGAAACCAUCAAAAGCCUCCAGGAAAGAGCCGGAGUAAAGAUGGUCAUGAUCCAAGAUGGACCCCAGAACACAGGUGCAGACAAACCGCUGCGCAUUUCAGGAGAACCUUUUAAAGUCCAGCAAGCCAAAGAGAUGGUGAUGGAACUGAUCAGAGAUCAGGGCUUCAGGGAGCAGAGGGGGGAGUAUGGUUCACGUGUUGGAAGCAAUGGAGGAGAUAGCUUAGAUGUUCCUGUCCCCCGCUUCGCCGUAGGAAUUGUGAUUGGCAGAAAUGGAGAGAUGAUCAAGAAAAUCCAGAAUGACACGGGUGUCAGGAUUCAGUUCAAACCAGAUGAUGGCAGCACACCUGACAGGAUAGCACAGAUCAUGGGCCCUCCUGACCAGGCGCAGCACGCAGCAGAGAUCAUCUCAGACCUGCUGAGGAGUGUACAAGCCGGCGGUCCCCCUGGACACGGUGGAGGCAGGGGUCGUGGUCGCGGGCAGGGAAACUGGAACAUGGGCCCCCCUGGUGGCCUGCAGGAGUUUACCUUCACCGUCCCAACCAUGAAGACUGGCCUUAUCAUUGGGAAAGGUGGUGAGACAAUCAAAGGCAUCAGCCAGCAGUCUGGGGCCAGGAUCGAGCUGCAGAGGAACCCUCCUCCCAAUGCUGACCCAAACAUCAAAAUGUUCACAGUCCGCGGCUCCCCCCAACAGAUCGACUACGCCCGGCAGCUGGUGGAGGAGAAGAUCGGGGGUCCAGUCACUCCAAUGGGUGGGCCACAUGGCCCCCCUGGUCCACAUGGAGGCCCAGGCCCACAUGGUCCUCCUGGGCCACCUGGACCCCCUGGGGCUCCCAUGGGUCCAUACAACCCUGGACCAUACAACCAGGGACCUCCAGGACCUCACGGUCCACCUGCGCCUUAUCAGCCUCAGGGAUGGGGCAAUGGCUACCCACACUGGCAGCAGGGACAGCCUGAUCCUAGUCCAGAUAAAGCCGCGGCCGAUGCCAAUGCGGCUGCCUGGGCAGCCUACUACGCUCAGUACAGCCAGCAGCCUCAGGCUCCCAUGACCCCGACAGGUGGAGCUCCCGGCACGACUCAAGCCAACGGCCAAGGUGACCCACAGGCUGCAGGUCAGAGUGGACAGGCAGAUUACUCCAAGGCCUGGGAGGAAUAUUACAAGAAAACUGGUCAACAGAGUCAACAACCUCAGGACUACACGAAGGCCUGGGAGGAGUAUUACAAAAAACAAGGUCAAGCCGCCCCUCAGGCCACAGCAGCGGCAGCAGCAGCCUCUCAGCCAGGAGGCCAACCAGACUACAGUGCUGCCUGGGCGGAGUACUACCGUCAGCAGGCCGCGUAUUACGGCACAGCCAACCCUCAGUCGAUGGGAGCAGCCCCACAAGCCCCUCAGGGCCAGUAAUGUGAAGUGGACAUAAAGUAAAUGCUACAUUGUCGAAACAAAAUCCUUUGUUAAAUGUUUGGAUGCAGACGCCUUGAUGAAGAUCUUAAAUUUCCUUGGUUUGAAAAGUUUCACAUAGAUGGCAGAUUACCCGGCGAACACGUCCUCUUUCAUUUUCUUUUUUUUUGUUUUUGUUUUUCUUGUAAAUGCUUUGUUUUUAGUGAGGUAAUUAUACAUAUGGUCAUUCCAGCCCUGUAUCUACAUUAAAUGUGGUUAGAACUCAUGUUUAUUAAACUGUAGACAUUACCAUGUAAAUCAUCUCAGUUUUAAAAUGCUAUUUGCCUGUUGUGUUUUUGCAAUAAAACAAACUGAAACCUCCUGUGUUGGUAAGUUGGGGUGGUUAAAAACCAAAAAGGUGGACAUGAAUUCUGUAUGUUUUAGUUGUAAGGGGGUAAAGUUUGAAAUGCAGGCCAUGUGUGGGUUUUAAUGUCCAAAAAGGUUGUGCUGUCCUGUCUCUCUCCAACUGUCUAUAAGGCUCUUUAGAUACAUUAUGUGCGUGCAGUGAUCCCGAGUGGUUCAGAUCAACAAACGUCCUUGUUUAUAGCUGAUUUUUUUUACACUGACUUUGCUCUGAUUUAGCAAUAGACAGAUGUUUGUCAUUAGAAAGUGGACAGGUGUGUGUGUAUGGUAUCUCAUGCAUUAACUGCGUUGCUGUGGCCCUCUUUUUAAAAAGUUCUGCUUGGUUUGCUGACAUUGUUGAGGUAGUAUGCACUGUAUUUUGCCUUGAUAGACACUUCCUCCUCCACAGGCAAGUUUAGAAAAGCGGUAAGCACGUAUUUCCUUAACAUGUUCUCAGAAAAACAAAAACGUGGUUGCAAGAAAUGUUUUUAGUGUUACACAUUUUUUGUGCUAUUCUUUUUCCAGGACAGUCAGGUAAAUUUGUCACUGUAUCGAAAAAUGCAUUGAAAGUAUGUCAUGCCCUUUUUUUCAAACUGCGUACUGACAUGUAUGAAAAUGUUUUUUAAAGAAUGUUUUUUUAAUAUAAAAACAUUGCUGCAAAAAGUCGUUUUUGCUGUGCCCAUUCUGUUAGUUUUCACCAGUUUAAGAACGUAGAUGUUGUAGGGACGGGGUGGCUAAGCAGUCCUCAUCCAUCAGUUGAGCCCUCCUAUACUGUAAGUACAAUACUGUGAUUGAUUUUUGAGAGAUACUCGUCUUUUUGAUGCUCUUUGAUCUGCAACACUUGUAGUAUUUUUGUUAAAAAACAAUUGCAAAUAUUUUCCCUUUGUCUCUGGGUAAGUAUGAAAUGUACUGAGGAGAGGAAUAGUACUUUGGAUACUUGUACCACAUGUUUCUGAGACUGCUUUCCCCUUGUGUGACAGCAUAUCAUUCAGACUUUGAACCUUCACAGUAUGUUGAUGCUCAUGUAGAUCUCAUAGUCCCUUUGUGUUGGUAGCAUUUCAGUGAAAGUUGGAUUUCUGAACUGAGGGUUUUAAUGUCAGCACUGUGUCACAUUGAUGAUGGUAGAAACUGUUUUUCCAAGAUGUCCAUGUAGUGUCAUACGUUUCUGAACACCUGACCUGCUAAGUGCCAUUGUCUAGUCGAGACUGUUAAGUUAAAAAAUGCCAUUUAUUGCUCACUAAAGUCUUCUUGCAUUAUCUCCAGUGUAGCAUGCCUAGGUUUCUGCCAUUCUUACUUUGAUAUCCUUUAUAUGAGCAUGUUGAAUGCUAGUUCUUGGAAGUGCUUUGACUCGCUCAGUUUUGAUGAUAUUUACUGAAUGAGGCUGUUGAUUUAAAGAUCAAAGAGGAAAAAACAAAUAUUUGACUGCAUUGUUCACUGAUGGCAAACAGUGCGAUUAUAUAUCUGAUCUUUGCAGUGUCGUCCCAGACCUUGCACCUUAGGUUCUGCUGCAAUUACACAGGUAAGCGAAACCUAAGGAAACCAGUGUUUUUGUCCAGUGACAUGACCAUUAUGACAUGCAAAGAAAUGCUUACCUGUGUCUUUAAUAUGCCCUCAAUGCAUUUUUGCUGAUAGAAAUGUUCAGGAUAUCUAAGUAGCCCUUUAAAGCUGAUCUGAUUUCUCUGAAUGAACUGCAUGAUAUGACUUGUUACAUGACGUUAAAGUGACUUCACCAAGAAAAGUCGUUGCAUAGGCUCACUAAGGAAAUGUGUUUGUCGUAUGGUUUGAUAUUAGCCUUAAUCUUUGCAUCCUGGUAAGUCCUGACUGGUUUUUUAAAACUGCAUGCCAUGUCAGAAGUUUUAGCAAUGUGGUAAAUCCGCAAGCUCAUAAAAAGCCGUUGAAAUACAUGAUUGAUUCUCUGUCGUGGUGUGAAUCUGCCCUCAAAGUGCAGUGCAAAUCUCCUAUUGAAACGCUGCUGCCUUCACUUCUCGCUCACAGUGUUGGAGGAUGAUGCUGCAAGCUUAGGUCAUAGAAUCAGGCCCUGUCGUAGUUUGUCCCCAAAAGGAGGAAUCCUUUGAGUCAAUCCCACUGCUGAACGUAGACCGUUCAAGAGCUCCAGUGAUAAGGUAAAAAAAAUAUAAACACAGCAACGCAAUGAAAUUUGAAUUCUGUGAUUUGCAAAGUUUUGGUCAGUUCUGUUUUUCCUGCUCGGAUUGACUGUUUUGUUGUUUAACAUGAUGCCAUAGUGUAUUUAGAUUAGUCUGAUGGUUGUUUCCUUAAACUGCUUGAAUGCCUUCGUUAAUAACCUUUUCGUCAGUGGGGGAAUGUGCUUUAGAAAGUUGGACGAGGACAGGAACCGAUGUACUUUUCAAUUACAUAUGCACUUUUAUUGGCGGUAAAUUUUUGGGGUUAUCAGUUUAAAUCACUUAUCUGUAGUUAAAGGGUCACAUAAUGUUUGUUUGGGGCUGUUCACUCUGUUCAUAGGGGUGUAGAAGAAUACAAGGAGCAUGCCUUAGAGGUAAAAAGGUUUCAUGUGCUGUGUAUAUUAUCCAAUAUUGGUUUUUGUUUUUUCUGAAUCAGUUGUUCUGACUUAAGCUGUUGCCAUGUUCAUUAAUAAAGUUGUAACAAAUAAACUGGA